AUGGGGAAGGGGGUGGUCGCAGCUGGUGGGCAUUACCGCUCUCCGGCAGAAGGGGGCACCUUUCCGGCCCGAACAGCUUUCCACUGGGCUGGGGCGGAUGCCCAGGCGGAGCCCUCCCUCGGGCCCAAUCUCCGGGGUGCUGGGCGCCCCCUCCUGGCGGCUGGGCGGCGCUCCCGGCGGUCCAGCGGGUGCUCGGGUCCCGCGCCUGCUCGGCCCCCGGCGCCGGGGACGUGGAGGUGGUGCCGGGAGGAAGGUCGGGAGACGGAAGGGGGUGUGAGGGUGCUGAGGCGGCGGGCAGGCUCCCUUCCCCGCACCCUCCCCCGCGGUCUCCUCACCUGGGGCCUGCAAGACUCUUUCCCUGCGGACGCGGCUCCUGCGCGCCCCUCAGCGGCCCGGCUCCCGCACCAUUCCGAGCCGGCGGAGCAUCCCGCCCUCCUCGCCGAGCGGUCGAGGUCUCAGCCGCAGCAGCUGGGAGGGAGGGAGCGACCGCCGGCUGCUGCCGGGCGGCGUCUAGGGGCCGCGAGCCGAGCGCGAGGAGCCGCCAUCUGGAGCCUCGGCAGCGGGCGGAGGAAACAGUCCUCUCCACACGGCAUGGAUUUUUGGACACCUCCACGUUACUUCAGACAACUACUUAAGCCAGAAAGUGGGACAGACACUGACAGGAUAUCACCCCUGGGGAUAAAUACCAUCUAGUUUCCGGUGGACGGUAGAAAAGGAAGGGGGAGGGGUGAGGGGAGCUCAUCCUUGUACUUUUAGCGUAGGGAAGGAGAGGAUAGGGUGUGUCCUUUCUCCCCUCUCCUUUUUUCAUUUCAGACCCUCCAAUGUUUUUAUAUCUUUAACUUAAAAAAAAAAUUCCCCUUUCCUAAAUUUAGAUGGUGGCGGGGAGCAAACUCAUGGAAGGGGAAAGGUGAUGAGUGUGGGAGAGAGCCAAGGGAGCCGGUCAAACGGACUCAAGCUCUCCAGCUUCCGGGCUAUCGCUGAGGGAGAUGCCCUCAGCCACAGGUUUUAGCUCAAUGUAGGGGGGACUGAUUGGGUGUAUGGGUGGUGGCGGGAAGUCUGGAUUAAAAAAAAAAAAGGUAUACCCACUCCCACCUCAAGGCAUUCUCACUCCCACCUCAAGGCAUUAAAAGACCCCCCCCCCCCGCCCCAGCUGUCUCGUGUCCGGCAGAAUGGCAUUAUGUAAAAGAUCUGGCAUGUCACCCAGUGGCACAUCUGGUAGGUGUAGAUGACUUUCAUUAGCACAGGGCUUCUACUCUGCAGCAUGCCAAAGCCCUGACAGAGAUGCCCGCUGCCAAUCAUUCAUUCGCUGCCAAUCCCAGAGCGGGGACGGGCGGGAUGGCUCCCUUCCACCCUGGCACCAGGACUGGAGCAAACAAUGUGUUGAGAUACGAAGAGAUGAAAGCGGAGCUGAGGAUGCGCGGCACCCAACAGAUGUAUCCCGUGAGGAGAUAACGGUGCGAAGAGUCAUUUAGCAAGAAAGCAUAUGCAGGAUCUCAGGAGGGAGGCAUAGGCAGGAGUCUGCCUGCCCAGGGAUGAGCUCAGGCAGGGGCAGGGGAACCCCUUCAAAACCUCAAAGUUGAAGUUGCUCCUCUAAAAACACACGAAGAUCAACCGCCUACCACCUUAACUGUAAGACCUCUUUCUCCCUUCCACCCUCUCUCUCUCUUUCUCUCCCCACCCCUGCCCCACCCCAUGUGUACCUCUGUUUAUCUAACCAGCUCUGAAAAUAUGAACUUCUCUGUUCUCCUCAAGGCUUUCUGAUAACUGAUAUAAAGAGCACCUUUCCGUUUUUAAUGUUGCACAGUCCUCUUUGCCUUGUAAUUUGAGGAGGGAGGGAGGCUGUCAGGCUAUCUUUACUGCAUUUGAAACGGUAAAGUGUGUUUGGGGGACUAAAGUGUUGCAUAUGUUAACAACAUGAAUGAAAGAAAAAGUAAAAGUCUUAUUUCAAUUCCUAGCCUUUCAAAGGAGUUGGAGACGAACAAGGGAAAGCAAGGGAAUUUUUAAAACAGCGAAGGAUGGAUAAAGAUAAAAUCUAGGAUAGAAGUUGCCUCUGAGGUUGUUCUUUUUCUUAGGCUGGGUUGUGGUUACCUAGGUAGUCAGUGUAUUGUUUUUCUUUAUGUCAUGCAUAUAUUUUAUAAAUAUUCUUUUUGUCCAUGCAAUAUUUAGUAAAACAACAACAAAACUCAGAGGUUUGAGGGCUUGUGGAACUCAGUGUUUAACUUGAGUAUAUUCUUUAUUGAAUACAUACAUGUAUAUAUAUAAUGUAUAAAAUUAUAAUACUCUUUUUAGUAUAAAUAUACUAUGAAAAAAUUGGGGUAUUCUUAUACUGGCUCAUGGUCACAAGAUGACUGCUAUAAUUCCAGGCAUCACACCAUUGUUUUAAGCAUGAAGAAAGGAACAGGGCAAAGAAGAGUAGUUCUUUCCAUUUAUGUGAAGGAAAUACGUUCACUUUUUCUUAGCCAGAUUUGGGUCACCUGGCCACAGAUACCUGCAGAGAAGUCUGGGAGAACUGACCUUUAAAAUGUAAAAAGAUAGGGAUAAGGUUGUUGGAAAUAGUUGUCGAGUUGCAACCAAGGGUGUCUGGCAAAAAAACUCAAGGCGAAGAAGACAAUGCUAGCAGCAGACAAGAGUAGAUGAUCAAGUUUUAUCAUAUUGCUUUAAAUAAAAGUCUUUUCUUUUCACUAUAGUCAUUAAAACUUAUCAGUCAGGGAUACUGUACUUAAAUUUUGCAAUUUCUUUGUAAAUUUCAUCAAAUUCUAUUUCAAAAUAAGGGCUCAAGCUUAAUCAAUAUGAGACAGCAGACAUAAAAUCUGACAUAUCUAAAUAAAAUUAGUUUUUUGGAAGAAAAGUAUAACUAGAACUUUUUUACAAAUCUAAAUGAAACAAGGAAAAUGGCUCUUGUUAGAAGGACUAGAGUUUUGAUCCCAGCACUGCAUCACUAGAUGUGUGACUUUGGGUAUUUUACCUGUUUAAGUCUAUGUCCUUAUCUGUAAAUGGGUUAAUAAUGUUAAUAAUGCCUUGCAGGGUUACAGUGAGACUUAGAAAUAAUGAAAGGUUUUUAAAUGUAGUCAUUGUUAGGGACCCAGCAGGAAUCAGAAUUUAGUCCAAAUGGAUCGUAUGAAGAGACUACUUAAAAAGAUGUGGGCACAGUUAUGGGAACAAAUGAUCUGAUGAAGCACACAGAAAGAGCACCACAAGAAGCUCUUAGGAGAGGAAUUAGUGUUUCUAGAGCCCAGUAAGGACUGGAACCUUGGAGGAAGGGCUCAGUGAGAGUCAUAGGGAUAUAGCUUCUGCCAGAGAGGCAGUGGCAUAGCAAGGAGGGAGCAGGGAUGAAACACCCUAUCUUUCUCUUUUCACAUCUUCCAAUUUCAUGUUGAUGUCUUUCAUUGGCCAAACCCAACUGGAAACUAGCUGGCAAUGGACUGGAGCAUGAUGAUGAAUCUACAUGGGUCAGCUCUUAAGGACCCCGAGUCAGGCAUAGAAGGCUGGAGAAUGGGUCUUGGGGAGACAAAUGGAGAAUAAUCAGCACAAAACCCUUAUUAUUCAUCAAAAAGGUUGUCUGAGAACCCUCCCUGCAAACAUCUUUUCGAAGCACAAUUCCAACUGGAGGUAAAAACUUAACAGGCUUUGUAAACCUAACCAUCCAAGUUUUUAAGAAUCAUCUCUCAGAGCACUUUGGCUGAAAGUUCCUACUAGCACUCAUGAAAGGUUUCCAGAGCUCUUGGCAGUCUUUGCAAGCCAGGACCUGGAAGAAUUUCAAAGUACAGCCUAUUCACUUCCUUUGGGCAUCCCCAGGUCUCUCAUCAUUUUGUGGCUUCCUGUUUUGGGAUCAGUCUUGCUGGGCCUGGUUAGUCACUUGCUGACUGUUGCUUUCAAGGAAGUCAGCCAAGAUUCAGCAAAAAGUGACUACUUCAUAACAAAUCAACCCCACAGCAAUAGGAAAUCCUAUUAAUGCCUUUUCUUGAGUUCAAAGUCUGUGUGGACUUCAGACUGAAGUAAUUUUUCCUCUUUCCAGUUUUGCCAUCCCUAUCCUUUCCUCCUAUACUUGAACUAACCCGUAGUCAAAAUGAUGAAAAACAGUGGUAAAGAAACAUAUUCUCUUUUCUAAUUGUAGAUAAAAAUUAUAACCAAUAACAGAGUCUUGAGUGUUCCCUCUAAAUAUUAGCACAAUCAGAAGCCUCAUUUAUGAAUUUCCUAGACACUAAGAGUUUAAAAAAUUGAGAGGCCUGAUAUAAAA